CGCUACUGGUUUCAGCCGUACGUGAUUCGGUGGCUAUGCGUGCCGCAAGGGCUUACAGUUGUCGGGCGACGUUUCUGGCGUUCGUUCGUUUGAUUCAGAAAUUGUUAUUCCAAUGAACCAUCGCAUAAAAAGGAUUAUUAGCGUCACUCAGCGACCGUUCAUAUCCAGAGGGCGUCCGUCAUGUUUAACUUCAGUUCUUUUUGCCCUGAUGUUCGCUAUCAUGUGCCUCUGGUUCUACUGGAGAAUUUACAUUGUCCUACCCCCCAAUCGACAACCACGGACCUAUGACCACUGUGAAGGCUCUUCGGAUUCUUCACCGCCCAUCGAGGCACAGACUGCAAUUCAUCUCGGUAUGGUUCUGCGUGGCAGCCGAACGGUUUUGCGUGCGUUGACCAUGCUCAAAAGCGUAUUCUACUAUCAAGGGCGGUUCCGCGAUAAUUCGGCUGACUGUGACUUAGUGCGUCGUACGCCUCACCUCACGUGUCCCUUACGCACGGACCUCCGACAGACCUUCCCUAUACACGUGCAUUUCAUCUGUGAUAACGAAACUUCACUGUUGUUAAGCACUUCACUGACAGACUGGAAGUUGCCGGGCUUCAGUUGGACGAUUUACGACCUGUACAAAUACACGCCUAACGUGGCUUGGAUCCUGAACUCACACAAUGCUGGCACUGCGGCAACGGUGAAGCUCGUGAUCCCAUGUGUACUACCACGUUGGGUGGAGAAGAUCAUUGUUGUGGACUCGGACAUGCUUUUGAACGCUAACCUACAAGAUUUAUGGCAGCAAUUUGAUCUCUUCGACCGACACCAGGCAAUCGCAAUGGCUGCUGAACAGCGAUCAGACAGCUCCCGAUGCGAUGGCCAGCCCGCCGGAUCCAUAACGGGUAUCAACGGAGGUCUAAGCUUGCUCCAUUUGGCAAAAUUGCGUGCUAAUGACUGGGAUCAAUUCUGGCGAUCCACCGUCAGAGAUCGGCUCUACGAAAGAUGGUAUUUGAUCGAAGGAGAACAGGAGAUAUUCAGUGCAAUGAUCACUUCGAAACCAGAAAUCCACCGACCUCUCCCGUGCGAAUGGAAUGUCCAGCUGUACACUCAAACUGCCACCGUCUGCUGUCCGGUGUUUUGGCCAGAUCGAGACCCAGAUGAGACGGACUGCAGCAUCUUCACAUACCAAAAUGGUGUGAGAACGCAAAUCAAUCUCCUCAAAAUGGCCCACUUUAACACAUCCCCUAAACCUGAAGACGAUGGAGUGAGCGCAAUUGGAUGGUAUGGAAAUGUGUCAGCCAACCGAAGCCUUACAGUCCCCGAGCUCAAAAUCCGUUUCAUGGAAAGGUACUACCAGUUCAAGGCGAUUCCUAUCCAUUGUUUCCACUGAGGAAACUGGAAAACUCAAUCCACCAAUUUCCAGUCGAACGAGUCCCGCAGAGCAAUUCAUAAACUAUUUUCACGUGAAUAUUUUCAGUUUACGUUUUGAACUACCUCAUGUAUAUAAUGUGAACAAAAAAAACUUUUAUGACCUACUGAACUGAAG